AUGUACAAAUCUUCAUCAACCAUGAAAUCGCGCCUCCGGCCACCGUGUGCGGUACCGAAAUCUCCUACUCGUAUCGGAAAAACUCGAACAAUUCCCGACGCCGCCUCUCUUCAAACUCCACCAGGUUCUUUAUUGAAAUCUCAAAAACCAGUUCGAUCUCCCGAACAAUUACGACCGGAAUACCGCACAAUUGCUUGUGAAUUUAAGGCUUUAGUAAGGAUGAUUAGCGAUCAAUUCGGAAAACCAGAUUCGGAACUGGAAGAUAUUGCUUUCACCAAUUCUUGCAACCCUAAAUCAGGUGUUUUAUUUCAGAGAGGAAGAUUGUAUGAUGAAUAUUCUGCAAGAAGGAACGAAAGGCUCAAGAGAAAACUAGGAAUGGCUGUGAAUGUGAAUGAAGUUAAUACUACUAGUAUUAAACCGCCUAAGGUUCCUCUGCAUCGUGCUCUAGGUGUUAAUGUUGAAUCGGGGAAAAAGAAUACUGCUGCGAGAAAACUUGGAAGUCUUAGAAAAUCGGUUUCUGCUGCUUAUUCUGCUGAGGUUAGUGAAACUCCAAGGUACUUGCUUAGAAGCAGGACUAAGGAGAAUAGUAAGAAACCUCCUCUAGCUUCAAGAUUGGAUAAAUCUGCUGUUGGUGGCGAGAAGAAGAUUGGAGCCACACCGAGAAGAACAGGAAGAAUUUCAUACUAUUAG